UAGCAGUUCAACAACAACAGGAGGGAACUGUCACGGAAACGUGGGUUUAGGUUAAAAAUGCCGUACGCUAAUCAGCCCAUCGUCUCAAUAACCUCCUUAACUGAUGAAAAUCUCAAGUUUACAAUCGAAGAUACAAAUCUCAGUGUAGCCAAUGCUGUACGAAGGGUCAGCAUUGCGGAAGUACCAACCAUUGCCAUCGACUGGGUGCAGAUAGAGGCAAACUCGUCUGUCCUUCAUGAUGAAUUUAUUGCUCAUAGAGUUGGCUUAAUUCCACUUACCAGUGAUGAAGUGGUGGACAGAAUGCAGUACUGCAGGGAUUGUACUUGCGAGGAGUUUUGCCAGGAUUGUUCAGUGGAGUUCACACUUGAGGUGAAAUGUAUGGAUGAUCAAACGUGCCAUGUUACAAGUGCAGACCUCAUUUCCAGUAACCCCAAAGUUGUUCCGGUGACCUCAAGACACAGAGAAGAAGCCAGCGAGUAUGAUGAAACUGAUGAUAUUCUCAUUGUAAAACUUCGGAAAGGACAGGAGUUGAAGCUAAGGGCCUUUGCUCGCAAAGGUUUCGCCAAAGAGCAUGCCAAGUGGAACCCUACAGCAGGGAUAGCUUUUGAGUAUGAUCCAGACAAUGCUCUGCGUCACACGACCUACCCUAAACCCGAGGAGUGGCCAAAAAGUGAAUAUUCUGAACUGGAUGAAGAUCAGCAUGAAGCUCCUUUUGAAGCCAAUGGUCAACCGCAGAAGUUUUACUACAACAUUGAAGCGUGUGGUUCACUUCGUCCUGAAAACAUCAUGUACAGCUGCUUGUCCAUUCUGAAGAAAAAACUGAGCGACCUACAGACGCAACUGAGCCACGAAAUCAGGAGCGAUGUGCUAACAAUCAGCUGAUGGAUGAGCAAAUUUGUCAACGCGGAGAAAGAGCUCACCAUCGUGAAUGACAUUGCGAAAGCAGAAUUGCAGACACAGAUGUGUAUUUUUGGCAUUUGGGAUUCAGGGUUUCCACUGGUCCUUGAAAGUGCAUGUACUUGAAAGUGUAAUAAGUGUUUUCAAGUUCUUGAAAAAGAGUUUAUUUUUGGAUGAAGGACAUUUUGGGAUAUGUUUGGAAUGGACUGAAAAAUAAGCUACCAAAAUGGUAUCUAUUUUUAAAUCAUCACAUUAUUUGUUAUAUACUUUAGUUGUGCUUGAAAGCGAUAGGAAACAGAGAUAUUAGACCCACGAAAAACACCUUCCAUGGGUGCAGAAAAGGCACGAAUUUAACAAUUGGAAGGCAAAGGAAGGAUGGAAUCGUGUGGUGUUGCUUUAUCAGCCUUCACUUAGACACAUGAACAUUGUCUUUUUGUCAUCAUAUUCUCAUUAUCUGCUUUUCAUAAAGACAGAUCCAAGAAAGUCUUGGACAAAUUUGCUGCAGCUAUUUUACAGAUUCCAUUGGUGACUUACAGACCAUUAGGCCACAGUAACUUCAUUGUCUUGAAUCUGUAUCUUUAAGAUUUAAAUUUAGGGCUAUAAUUAUGUUUGUGUUCAUCGUAAUGCACCAUUAGGAUUUCCUGUAACCCUCUGCCCUUCCCCCCCCCCCCUUCCCCUCCCCCCAAUGUUUCAUUAACAAAGUUUCCUCGUGGUCAUUUCUUCAGUGGAAAUAAAAGAAAAUCCCUCUUUUUGCAUCAAACAGGU